ACGCUCGGCUUUGGGACAGUAUUCAAACCUUGGAACAAGCUGAUGGCUACUGCACGAGUUUGUUUACGUUUAUAAUAUUGCAAGAAGCGUUGUAUUUUCAAGUGAAAAGUUACAAAAUAUUAUCAACACUUACGAGAAGAGGAAAGUUUUGUAUCAGGCAAUCAACUUUUAUGACAUGAGUGUCUAAUUUGUGCUACGAAACUUAUUUGAACUCGGCUCAUUGGCAAGAACAACAACGUGUCCUGUUUUUCUAGGAUCUAGAAAAUCGUAAAAAUGUUAAAUGCACGGAAGCAGAAGACCUCUCAGCAGAAUGUUGAAGUUAAAAAGGGAAAGUCUGUCGCUAAAAUCCAUUAUGAUGCUGUUUCAAAGGCCCAGGUGGGUGGAUUCAAAAGACAUGUUGACAAUGCCAACGACUCCAACCAAAAGAGGCGGGCAGCUUUCGGAGAUAUAACAAAUGCUUUAAAUGAAAAAUCACAACAGCUAAAAACUGAUUUGAAGAAAUCCAAACUUCCACUGAAAGCUGUUGUGGCACCCCUGAAAGCUGUAGUGGCAACGACAAGUAAACCACCCCAGCCAAAACCAGCAAAAGAGGUGAAGCAAAAGAUACGUCCAGACAAGAAGAGACUGAAGCAGUCGAAGGAGGUGUUGGAACUUGAUGAGAACGUUAUCCAGUUGUCACAGGAAAGUCGAUCCCUAACCAGCUCACAAGAGUCCACAAGCUCUUCACUAUCUAGUUCACAGGAAUCCACAAGCUCCUCAGUUUCACUAUCCUCUAGUCUUUCAUCAUCAAAAACCAGCCUUGAUGAUAUUGUAGAGGAUUUGAAUGCAACAUACACCAAAGAGGAAGUCCUUGCUUCUCCACCAGAUGGAGUAGAUGAUGUGGACAAAGAGAAUAUCAAAGACAUUGCCCAGGUUGCUCUGUAUGCCACGUUUAUCUUUGAAUACUACAAGGAAAGGGAGUUGAAAUUUAUGGUGCCUACAUACAUGGAGAAGCAGACGUCCCUGACCAACAACAUGCGGGCUAUACUGGUAGACUGGCUGGUGGAAGUCCAGGAGAACUUCGAGCUGAACCACGAAACCCUGUACUUAGCCGUCAAGUUGGUGGACAUGUACCUCACCACCAAGAAUGUGUCCAAGGAACGCCUACAGCUGGUAGGGGCCGCAGCCCUCUUCAUCUCCUGUAAAUUUGAUGAGAGAUGCCCUCCCAUGGUAGCCGACUUCCUGUACAUCUGUGACGACGCCUACACCAAGAAUGACUUCCUAGCCAUGGAGCGCUCCGUCCUGAAGACGAUUGGUUUCGACAUUGGCAUGCCACUUUCCUACAGAUUCCUCCGUAGAUACGCUAAGUGCGCUAGGGCAUCAAUGGAGACCUUGACCUUGGCCCGAUACAUCCUGGAGCUGUCCCUCAUGGAGUAUGACUUUCUGAAGUACCGCGAGUCGGAGAUGGCCUCUGCCUGUCUCUGUCUGGCCUUCAGGAUGAAGAAGUGUGGAGAAUGGAACAGGACCCUAGAGUAUUACACAGGCUACCAGGCGGAACAACUGCUACCUCUGAUGCAGGAGCUGAACACCAUGGUAGAUUCUCCGUCAAGACAACUCACAACUAUCAAGUCCAAAUACUCUCACAGGGUAUUUUAUGAGGUUGCCAAGCUGCCCGCUCUGAAAAGCGAUGAGCUGACGACAAGUUGAGAAGGUGUUGUGAUACAGGACUUGUGAUGUGUUUUGUGACUGUUAGAGAAGAGGAGUGCAUGACGAAGAGAAAGAAAGCUGUGCAGAAGACAUUUUACUUUUUGUGUACAUAAUAUUGAUGUUUAAAUGUGUGUACGAAACUUGUUACUAUUUAUAAUCAUGAUGUCUAUGUAUUGGAUUAAUUGACUUGAAACUAAAUCAACAUUAAUAUUAUUUUUUUAACCUGAAAGAGGAAGAAGGUCAUUAUUAGAUUACAUGGAAGUGUGAGCGAAGUCUUGAUUCUCAAGUAUACAGAAAAGGAAGGAAGAAGAUUCUGAUACAGAUUUUCCUUUCUUCUGCAUUUUUUUGUUGAGAAUCGCAAACAAGAAGUGUAUCUUUCUACUAUUCGGUCUUGGACUACAUAUAAACUUAUAAAAGCUGUACUUAGCCGAGAUUCACUGCAGUUAGAUUUACUGUUUUAGUCAGAUGGUCUUUUCUGUGUGGAUAUUGUAGGCAGAAUCCAUAUUUUUCACCAGCUCAGCAUGGCUACAGAUUUAUCAGAAGUGUGGUAAAUCCUUGAAUUAUCGACUUGUAAAUCUGGUCGUGUACGUCGCGUGAAAUGUAUUGUACAUCGUAGUUUAGCUCAAGAGUUGUAGUUCAUUAAAUCACUUAUCCUGCACUUGCUACAGGCACAGGGAAAUGAUUGCAUGAAAUGUCAUUUUGUAUUCCUUGGUGUAAUUUAUCGUCAAAUAGUACAGAUCAUAGUGCCACUUAUGAAACAAUAAAUUACAAACUAGUUUAUCAGAUUUGUUUUACUUUGUGCUUUGAUUAGUUCCUGUAAAAAUCCUGUAUUUGUAAAGAGUGUUGUUUGGUGUUUUAUACAAGCACGAGACAUAAAUCUUUAUACAAUACAUUAAAUGUGAAGUGAAAUCAUGAAUAAUCUUUAAUACAAAUUCAAAUUUUAGAUUGAAGAUAUUUCAGCUAUAUAUUUUUACCCAUUUAAUGAUCUUUUAUACAUAUUUUUUCUAUUCAUAUUCCUUAUUAAAGAAGUAAAUUAAAUGUUGCAAGAAUAUUGGUGAUAUAUCCUAUCACGGUUCGGUAGACCAGUGAUGACAAACCUCGCAUUGUAAAAACCACAAAGUUUGGUCUGUCAUGAUUCCAGUCUUCAGUUCAAUGCAACACGAACAUGUAAAAUUGACAUUUAUUAGGUAUCAAACCAUUUCUAUAUAGAUUUAUAAACCAAUGACAAAAAGGAUCAAUUCUUUGUUUCACCUUUGAUAGUCUGGCUACUCCGCCAUAUGGUUAACUUGACCAGGGUUCGAAAAACAUUUUCAUUUCUUGAUGGAAAAUGUGUCUAGCAAUAUUAAAUGUAUGCAGAGCCUUGUAUGGUUUUUGUGCAAGCUAUAUACAGUAAAACCUCAUUAUACUGUCACCAAUUGUCCACAUUAUUUUCAAGCAAUUUUGGCGAUAGAGGAGUUUUUUUUUGAAGAAACACAUUCCUAAAAUAUCAACAUUAGAUGUACUUCAUACUUAGCUAUCUACUAAUUUUAUUGGUUUCUAAAAGCAGAAACACUUGUUAGCACUUAUGUAAUCAAAAUACUUGUAGGAUAUAAAACUUCCAAGGUAAAAAGUGGUUGAAAUAAAUAUCCCUAGUCUUAGAUCAUAUCCUAUUGUAAAUAAUGUAAAUAGAGUAGUAAAUCAAAGUCAGGCGUGAAGUUAGUAUUGGAAACAGCAGAAAGUCAUGGGUGUGUGCUUGUCUCCUCUGUGUUAAAUUUGAUUUGUUUCUGCACUUUGAAAGUGAAAAAGGUUGAGUGAUGAGGCCAGAUAAUAAAAUGUAACCGUUUGAUUAUGGUUUCUGUACCUACACUUGUAUUUAGUGUUUAAAUUCCAGAUAAGUGCAAUUCCAGUCUUAAUUUAACCCUUUCACCACUGAAGACCAUAAUUGACUUAUCAAUAUCAAUGCAUGGUAGGGUCUACUGAAAUUACAUAGGGGUGGAAGGGUUAAACACAAAACUCUUUAUUUGGAAAUACAGAAUUCAAAAAAAUAAUAUGCUUAUAAAUAAUAUGCUUAUAUUAUUUUCCUAAUAUUUUGGGAGCCAAAAUCAGAAACAUAAUUAUUUGUGGCACUUUAUGGCCUUUUUUAAAAUUGGGGAUGAAGUUGAGGUGAACAGAGUGCGAAAGCUGGAUUGUGGUAUUUUGAAAUUAUCAUGUUUUAGGACAAGAAUGGAGAUAUAACAUAAACCAGAGUAUGGAGUCUGACUGUGGCAGUCAAGUCAAGUGUUGGGGACAAGAAUGGAAGGCUGGGUAAAAACAUUAACCCUUUCACCCUCUGUGGACAAGAAUGGACUCACCCAGAUCAAUGAAUGAUAGAGUCUACUAAAGUCACAUAGGGGUGAAAGGGUUAAAAAAAAAACUGGUGUGUCGUGUCUGUGAAUAUGAGAACUGUUUGUGGUUGUCUGCCAUGCAUAAGGAGAAGUAUGAAAUAAGUGCCGUGUGGACAUGAGAGAUAUUUGUUUCAAUAGUCUUGCGUAUGAGGACAAGUGUGGAGUAUUUUACAUUGACCAGGGGGUGAGCAUGAGAAAUAAUUAACAUUAACUCAUUCACCCCUGAAGUUUUAUAAUGAACUAUUCCAACCAUUGAAUUGGAAGAGUUUAAAUAUGUCUUCACGGGUGAAUGAGUUAAAGUUUGUAUAAUUUCAACUAUAAGGAGUCUGAUUUAGUUGUAGUCCGCUGUGUAUAUUGCAACUGUUUGGUGAUAUGCCAUCAUGUAGUGGGAGUGUGAUUUGUCGUAGUCGUUCAUGUAUUAGGUGUCUAAUUUGUGAAAGUGCCAUGUUUUAGGACACAAUGGUAAGAGUCUCACUUAGCAGAUAAUUUAGCUGUUAAGUAGAAGUUUGGGUAAGACUUUUACCGGGUAUGAGUGAAUCAACUUCACUUUCUAUUUGUGAAGAACUAAUUUCAGCUUUUGUGGAGAUAAUGUGUCAUACAUCACUUCACCAGCUUUCUGUAUAUAAUGAACCUAUCCUGAGGUGGAAGAAUUUCUCAUUCUUGUCAGUGUAUAUCUAUCCUCUUUCCGUGCCAUUCUGUCUGUCUUCAUCUUCCUCUUUCUGCCUCUUUCAUUCCUUGUUGUCUCAGUCCCAUUAAAACUUCUUAUUCAAAGUCUCCGGUAUUUCUUACAUAGCUACACAAAUUUUGCAAAUGUUAGACUUUAUUUCCAAAAUAUUGUUUCGGUGUUCAGGUCUGAUGGUAUAAAAAUCUUAUAUUAACUCAUAAAACUGUUUGGCAAGGAAAAUGGUGUGGUUUCAUAACAGCAAAACACACACUGGUCAAGGGAACAGUAUUUUGGUUCCAAAAUAAUACUA